GUUUCCUUUAUUGCACAAUGCAUAUACACGACAAGGCAGCUUCUUACUUUGAUUAAACAUCUGUGCCGUUUGGGAUUUAUCAGUAAUAUUGUUAUUCUUGAUCUUUAUUAUUCAGUAAAAGCAAAUUCUGUGAAAGUUACAUCAACCAUCAUCAAUGGGUCUGUGGUUAAAUGCUUUCACCACAUUAUUCCUUAAAGGGGCCCUCUGCCAACAGUGGAGUCUAUGGACUCCACCAAGAAUCGUGGCUAUUGAAGGAUGCUGCCUGCUGAUCCCGUGUAGAUUUGAGAUCCCUGCUGAGUAUGAAGCUCAGUUUGAAAAUUGUGAACCCACUGGUACUUGGAAAAUAAACACCGUACCAGGAAGUAAUAUUUUCAACUCCUUUCUAACGGGUGCCCAAAAAAAUAUCAAGGGAAAGAUUGUGGGAGAUCUGUUGAAAAAGAACUGCACCACUACUUUCGACAGUCUCAAUGCAGGACGUGAUGACACAUAUAGCUUCAGGCUGGAAUGUGCUGGAACAAAUAUCCUCAAGUAUAAUUUCCUUGAAACAGUUCAAAUCAUUCAUACAGACACCCCACCGAAGCCUCAAUUGACACCUAUGGGUGACUUCAUGGAGGGGGAGGAGGUGAGACUGCGGUGCUCUGCUCCAGCACCGUGCCGUACCAUGCCCCCAUCCCUGACCUGGAACUACGGGCAUGGCGUUGGUGUGGAGAGCCAGCUACAGGAGGGUGAAGAUGGGCUAAAGAUGGUGACUUCCAUCUUGACGUUCACCGCUUCACCUCGCCAUCACAGAAUGAGGGUCACAUGUUCUGCUCGCUACACAAUGCAACCAGGGGGUGCUAGCAAGAUGGCUCAGAGCAACCAAACUAUCAACGUUCUGUGUAAGAGAGAAGCAGCUUUGACCACAAUAAUACACAGCAGUCCUUCAAAUAAUAAUGCUCCGAGAAACAUUGUAACCUCUGCCACCCCACCUGGCCCUGCAUUUGAGGGUGAAUCAAAGACUCUGACCUGCAGCAGUGACGCCAACCCACCAGUGGAGAAUUACUCCUGGUACAAAAAUAUUGGUGGGCAGCCGACCUGGAAGGCCAAUGGGCAAAUACUGGUCCUUCAGGUCAGCAAGGCUGACAGUGGGCUGUACCUCUGUGAGGCCCAGAACCAGCUAGGCUCACAGAGGUCAAAGGUCAUGCCCCUGGAGUUGGAAAGUGGCCUAUGUUUGACAACGGAUCUCUACAUCAUUUCUGGAGUAUUGCUUUUGCUCGGUCUUCUCAACCUCACAGCGAAUAUGUACACAUUUAAAAGUCUGUCCAGAAGAGUGAACCAGAUGAAGCUAUUGCUCUCAAAGAAACAAGACAACACUUACCAAAGCCUGAGGAUGACCAGUAUCAGCCCUGAAUACGACCAACUCCAGAUGACCAGGGCUUCUCCAAGCGUAGGUCAGAAGUAAGAGUGCUGGGCAGAAGAAGGAAGGGCAUUUCUCUUUGAAACCAGACAUGACAAAUACUCAACGUUGAGCAAACAAACUUUUCCCUUUGUAUUCCACCUUUGUAACAUGAAAUAAUUAGUUCCAAUCUUAUUUUUAUGCAAAACCACAAUGUACAGUAUAUUUUAUGAUUGUCAUCAGUCAAUGUGUGUUCCCUUCAGUUAUACUUGAACAUGAGUGAGAGGCAACAUGCUAUAGCUUCUUUUCAGGGGGCGCUGAUAGACAAAUUAGAAAUCUUUGAAUUUUACAAAAUAUUUUACUUCUAUAUUUUCAGUGUACAAAAUAAUUAGCUGAGGGGGACUGCCCCCGGUUUCAGUAGGCAUGACUCCUCUGUGAGCUAUGUAUUUGCACCUCAGUGUGUAAAUCUGGAUCUGGAUUAAUGCAAUUAUUUAUGGACUUUUAGUUGUAUUUCCUAAAAGAAUCAUCUGUCUAUUUCAGUUUUCUCCUCUGCAGAAGAUGUUAAACCAUGCAGGGGUUUGUGGUUAGUGUGAGUCAGGAUUGUAAGGGGAUAAUCAGUUGAAUAAAUGUCUGAAUUCCA